CUUCAAUCUUUCUCCCCAAAACACAACCCUAGAUCCCCCACCGCCACAGGGCUCAGCGCCGCCGUUCGUUGCAGUCAAGCACCACCGUGUUUCCGUCCGAUCGUCCGCGCUUCUCCCUCACUCGGAAAUCGGUGCGUCUUCCUCGAGCUCGCCGUCAUUCGCUGCCUCGCUGGUCUUCGUCAGCUCAAACCCUAGCCUCCAUCACUCUCCUCUUCAAGCUGUGUCACCGCCGCGGUCGAAUUUGGUCCAACCGUCGUCCCUACUGUUUCAGCGUCGUCGCAGCUCGUCUCUGCCGUCGCGUCGCAUAUGCUCCACUCUCCUCUGCCGUCGCGUCGCGCUGCGAAGGGGAAAGAAGGGGUGGAGGUCGUGGGAGGAGGCGCGCGAAGGGUGAAGCCUUUGCUGCUUCCGCCGUGUUUGAGCUCGAAGACGGCCGCCAGUGCUGCUACCUCUGUUGCUGCCUCUGUCGUGCCUUGCCAUCAUGUUACCACUGAUUUCAUCUGCCCUCAUCCUUGUUCUACUUCAAAAUCAUGCUAAAUUUAUUCAUCCCUCUCGUCAUUAUCAUUGGCAUGAACUCCGAACCAAAACCCCAACUCUCUGGAUAAAAUUGUAACGAAAGCUGAUUGGGACUUUUUCUUCUACUUAAGGUAUGAAUCAGAAUGAUGAGGCCAAGUUGUGAAUACACAAGUGUCAACGGACUAUAAUAUAUAUUGAGUUUGUGACAUUAGAAAGGUGUAAUAAUAACAAUAAUGGAGUCAUGUUAUUUGAAUAUUGAGGUUUAACAUUUAAACUCUCAGCUUCUCAGCCCUGUUUGAUUCUUCAUCUCAGGCAAUUGAAUCAAAUCAACCAGGCCUUCAUUUUCUUUUUCUCUUAGUUGAUUCUUAAUUUUUCUAAUAUAUGUAGCUUUUUGAAUCAAGUGGAUCAGAUUAGAUUAUGUAGUUUUCUUGAUUUGGGAUAUUUUCGGAGACGCAUUAGAAGAGCUAUUUUAUUAUUAUAUUUGCUAUAAUAAUAUUCAGAUGUUCUGUAUGCUUGUGAUUGUUUCUGUGUUUACAUUUUCUUUCCAAGUGACAUACUGUGGUUGUUCUUUGAGUUAAGGCUUUGUAUGUGUGUGUGAGAAUAUGUGAUAAUGUUGAAUGCUGUUGCAUCUAAUAGGAGUUCUUGGAGUAACCUCAAUUAUUUUAUUCUAAAACGGUUUUUCCAGUUGAACUACCGGUUGGACCGGUUGGACCAAUGAACUAGUGAACCAGUGAUUAAAGCGGUUUGAUGACCGGUCCGGUUUUCAAAACCUUGAUUACUGGGAAUCACUUCAUGCACACAUGACUUGUGGUUGUGCUGCCGCUUCAAAGUUGUAUGAAGCUCACAAUUUGGAUGAAGAUUUGCCUCAUACUUGUGGAUGAAGAAAUAUGUGAAUAGGAAUAUAGGAUAGAUAUUUUGGCCUUUCUUUUCUUGUCUAAUUAUAAACUCUUACCUCCUUUAUACACUUUUCUCAAAUAAUCUCUAACAGGCAUGUUUCAUGCCAUCAUAUUUGUAAGCACUUGUAUUUCAUGUUGUGUUUUUACGGUUUUCCCUUUAUUACCCUUCUCUAUAAACUAAGAAUUGAACUUACCACUUAUACUUUUGUUAUACAAGCAUAGAGCAUGAGGGAAAUGGGCAAGCACCACAAUUUUGAGCAGUGUGUUAUAUAAAGCGUCUGCAUUCAAAACCGUAUAAGGAUUCCAUGAAAUUCACUUUGAAAAUUGCAACCAGCCAUUUCUUCCUCACUAGAUUCUCACUCUUAUGCACACCAACUGUUACGACUAUUCCUCUUCCUCUUCUUAACUAUCCCCUUCCAACAAGAACAAGAACAAUAACAACAACAACCACCAUCACUACGCCGUCGUUUCCAAUUUACUCCGCCUGCGCACCAAUGACGAUUGCCACUCAGCACAUUCUUCAGGUGAGGGACAAAAUCGAACUUUCGGACAUUGAGCGCAGAAUCUUCGAUAGGCUUCUCGCCACUCUCCGCCACUUUAACCUCCAAACUCAGCUCCGCGUCGCCGGCGGCUGGGUACGCGACAAGCUCCUGGGGAAGGAUUGCUAUGACAUUGAUAUCGCUCUUGAUAAUAUGAUGGGCACUGAGUUUGUCGACAAGGUGAGGGAGUACUUGUUGUCCAUCGGUGAAGAUGCUCAAGGUGUUUGCGUCAUUGAGUCCAACCCUGACCAGUCGAAACAUUUGGAGACAGUAAGGAUGCAUUUGUUUGAUAUGUGGAUUGAUUUUGUUAACUUAAGGAGUGAAGAAUACACUGAGAAUAGCCGCAUUCCUUCUAAGCAAAGCUUUGGCACACCUGAAGAGGAUGCAUAUAGGAGGGAUUUGACAAUUAACAGCUUAUUCUACAACAUCAACACUGGUUCGGUUGAAGAUUUCACGAAGAGAGGGAUCUCAGACCUUAAGUCUGGAAGGAUAGUGACUCCUUUACCUCCCAAGGCCACCUUUCUUGAUGACCCUUUACGACUUCUUCGAGCCAUUAGAUUUGGUGCUAGAUUUGAAUUCACUCUAGAUGAAGAUCUGAAAGUAGCUGCCGCAUGUUGUGAUGUGAAAGAUGCUCUUGCUGCUAAAAUCAGCAGAGAGCGCAUUGGAACAGAGGUUGAUUUUAUGAUAUCCGGAAAUCAACCUGUCAAGGCAAUGACUCAUAUUUGUGAUCUGACAUUAUUUUGGAUUGUGUUCAGUCUUCCUCCUGAGUUUGAACCUACUAUUUCAGAUGGAUGUGAAAGACUUUGCGUUGCUUACUUGGAUACUGCAUGGAACCUUCUCCAUUUACUCAAAGAGUCAACCUUUACAGACGAAGAAAGGAGGUUGUUACUUUUUGCUGCUUUGUUUCUCCCACUUAAAAAUACCACUUACCAAGUAAAGAAAGCGAAGGUGGUUCCUGUUGUCAAUUAUAUUAUUCGUGACUCACUCAAGCGAAAAUCCAAGGAUGCAGAAAUGGUGCUUGAUUUACACCGAGCAUCACAGAAAUUCUUGUCAUUGAUUCCUUGUCUUGCAUCUAAUGAGGGUUUGCAAUCUGAUGAUGUUGGUUGGAUGAGACGAUUGAUUGAUGAUGUCUCUGUUGCUUCUAGAGUCCGGGUUCUAACAGGUUUUUUCUUGAGGGAGCUUAAAGAUUUAUGGAGAGUUGCACUAUUGGUAUCCAUAUUAUUACAUCCCAUUGACAUUAACAACAUUGAGGAUGAAUCCUUACAAUUGCACAAACGGAGAGAUCUGUUUAAUACAGUGGAGAGUGCUAUAAUAAAACUAGGCCUCAACAAAGUUUGGGAGGUGAAGCCAUUGAUCAGUGGCAAAGAUGUUAUGAAUGUCUUACAGCUUAAAGGAGGAGAACCACUGGUUAAGGAGUGGAAAAAUCAAUGGCAUGGCAACUUGCCAAUCCUUCUGGAACUAGUGAGGAAUGCAUUGACUGGUUAAGAGAAGCCAAUUCUAAGCGUGUAAAGUUGGACUGAUGUCGGAACGCUCAUUUGUCUGUUCCAUACCGUGCACCGAGAUGCCUUGGAUGGAGGGAGCAUAGCCAGAGUUAGCUGUGUGGACAGCAGAUGAUACUGGGAAUCACUUCAUGCACACAUGACUUGUGGUUGUGCUGCCGCUUCAAAGUUGUAUGAAGCUCACAAUUUGGAUGAAGAUUUGCCUUAUACUUGUGGAUGAAGAAAUAUGUGAAUAGGAAUAUAGGAUAGAUAUUUUGGCCUUUCUUUUCUUGUCUAAUUAUAAACUCUUACCUCCUUUAUACACUUUCUCAAAUUAUCUCUAACCGGCAUGUUUCAUGCUAUUAUAGUUUUUGUAAGCACUUGUAUUUCAUGUUGUGUUU